GCCAUCCUCAAGUGGGACUACGUGGAGCGCAAGCUGCGCGACUUCGACAGCAUCCCCGCUCACUCGGCAGUGCACUGCAAGCCCAUCGUGGCGCAGGACCAGCUGUACGUGGUGGUGGCCCAGCUCUUUGGUGGCUCCUACAUCUACCGCUGGGACACUGCCGUGGACAAGUUCAUCAAGAUCCAGGACAUCGACAGCCAGAAGACCCGCAAGCCCAACGACAUUGAGGCCUUCCAGAUCGAAGACGACUGGUACUUCGUCAUCGCCGACAGCUCCAAGGCGGGCUCCACCAGCCUCUACCGCCUCAACCAGAAUGGCUUCUACUCCCACCAAGCCCUCCACGCCUGGCACCGCGACACCGACGUGGAAUACGUGGAGAAUGACGGCAAACCCCGGCUGAUCAUCUCCAGCAGCUCCCAAGCCCCCGUCAUCUACCAGUGGAACCGGGCGCAGAAGCAAUUCACGCCCCAGGGGGAGGUGGGGGAGAUGCUGGACGUGCAGAUGGUGAAGCACUUCAGGGUGAAGCGGGACCAGUUCCUCUGCCUCAGCCGCUACAUCGGCGACUCCAAGGUGGUGCGAUGGGAAGGGCAGCGCUUCGUCGAGCUCCAGACGCUGCCGUCCCGCGGUUCCAUGGUGAUGCAGCCCUUCUCGGUGGAGCAACGGCAGUACCUGGCCCUGGGCAGUGACUUCUCCUUCACCCACGUCUACCUGUGGGAAGAGGAGAAGCAGAAAUUCGUCAAGUUUCAGGAGCUGUCGGUGCAGGCGCCACGGGCUUUCCGCUACGUGCCGGCUGCCGACGUGCAGCUCCUCCUGGCUCCCAGCUUCAAGGCCAACACACUGGUCUACCGGCAUGUGGUGGUGGAC